AUGGCAAUAAUGGCAUCAAUGAUGAGAUUAGAUCCAAGAUUUUGUCUAAGAGGAGGAGAACAUAAAAUUUUAUUACUUCAACAUGCAGAAGAUACAAUAGGAGAAAUGAUGUCUCAAUCAGCAUCCUUUUUAACAUCGAACCAUUUUCAUUGUUUUUCACCCAUUAAUAGUUCCUUUUUAAUUGGAGGUAGUUCUGGUGGAGGAAGUGACAGCCGUAAACAUUUAAAGAAAGAUAGAAGUUUUUCUUUAAAAUAA